AUGGUUGCCAACAGUUACAUCACCAAUCACAGUUUCAGACAAUCUGAGAUUGUACCCCUGUUAGUUACUGGGUUUACCGGUACUCUCAGGUAUUGGUGGGAUAAGCACUUAACCCCUGAGUCCAAGAAUCUGAUUAUUCAUGCUGUAAAACUUAAUGAAGAUGGUCUCCCUAUAUUUGACGAACAAAUAGGUCAAGGUAUAGAAGACGGAGUCAACACUUUGUUUUACACAAUAAUUGAGCAUUUCAUUGGAACCCCUAGUAAUACUACUGCCAGGAUCCAUGACCAGCUUAGUAAUCUUAAAUGCCCUAAGUUGUUUGAUUUCAAAUGGUACAAAGAUGUCUUCAUCUCUCGAGUCAUGCUUAGGGAUGAUAGUAAUCAACCUUUCUGGAAAGAAAAGUUUGUUAAUGGUCUUCCAAAUUUGUUUGCCCACAAAAUACGCACGACCCUGAGUAAUGAACAAGGCCAUAUAGAUUGGGAUAGCUUAACAUAUGGAAAUAUCAUAAGUACAAUCAACCAAGUUGUAUGGUCUUGCCAGCAUCCCUCCUUCCAGGAAAAAUAA